CAUCGUUCUUUGCAAUCAGACAGAGCUGUGCUCGUUCUACCCUCGUUACCCAAUCAAUUAUCACGUUCUUUUUUGAUUUCUUUUGCAAUCAAUCUUGUCUUGCAUUUCACAAUGAAGUCGGUCAUUGCUCUCUCUCUGCUUACCACCGCCCUGGGCGCCCCGACCGGUAGCGUCAGCACCGGCACCAGCACCGUUGACCUGACUACCCUGGAAUCUCUGUUCCCGGUCAGUGGCGCCAGCACCGGCACCAGCACCAGCGACGGUCUGGGUGCCCUGGAAUCGCUGUUCCCCAGCAGUGACAGCACCACCAGUGGCCUCAGCAGCCUCUUCGGUCGUGCUACGACUGAUUCCUCCACCGCCAACGAUGUCACCGACAACACCGGCUGCAAGGAGCUCACCUUCAUCUUCGCCCGCGGAACCUCCGAGACUGGAAACAUGGGCACUAUCGUCGGGCCGGAGGUGGCUGCUGACCUGCAGUCGCUGACCAGCAACAAUGUCGCCGUGCAGGGCGUCGAUUACGCUGCCGACUGGGCCGGUAACGAGAGCAUGGGUGCUGAAGGCGGCCCCACCAUGGCUUCGUUGGUCAAGCAAGCCAUCAGCCAAUGUCCCAACACUAUAGUCGUGGUGGGUGGCUACUCGCAGGGCGCCAUGGUAGUACACAACGCUGCUAGCUCGCUGAGCUCCGGCGAAAUCCAGGCAGCUGUACUCUUCGGUGACCCGCUCAAGGCCGAGUCGAUCGAUAACCUCAGCUCCUCCAAGGUGAAGGAGUUCUGCGCCACCGGCGAUCCCGUCUGCGAGAACGGCAGCGAUGUCUCGGCCCACCUGUCCUACGGCGACGAUGCGCAGACCGCGGCGCAGUUCUUGAUUAGCGCGGUCGGUCUGUAAAGGAUUUCUCGCGGAGUUCACUACGCGAUGUGUCCUGGGGGGAAGUCCGGAGAGUGGCGAGAAACGGCAGUGUUUGGGUUUGGUCCUGUGGUGUAUAUAAGAGAGACCCCCGUGCUUGGGAAUAUGCACUGGGGUUAGAGUCUAAUC